UAAAAUGGGAGCUCUCGUUAAUGUGCUCCUUGUGGUCUGCUUUAUGAUAGUCGGACAGGUCUCCACCAUGACCAGCCCAGAUCUACAGCAGAGGCUACAGGAUCUCGACACUUUCAUCCAGAACCUGAUGACAUGUGAGUCCAGGCCUGUGGUCGGACUGACCGUGUCCGUGGUCAAGGACGGCCAGACCGUUUUCGCCAAGGAAUACGGCCAAAGGGACCUGCAGACGGGACAAGCUGUGGACAACAGGACUCUCUUCGGAGUCGGCUCCAUCUCCAAGUCCUUCACCUCAGCCCUGUUAGCGGCCAUUCUCAGGGAGAGGGAAGACGUGAGCUGGGACACCGUCCUGACGGACAUCCUGGGGCCGUCCUUCAGGUUCAGGGACCGGUUCCGUACCGAAGAAGCGACCAUACGAGACCUUCUAGCCCACAAAAUCGCACUGGAGAACCCAUGGUACGUCGCCGUAAUAAUGGGACAAGACAUCGACAGAUCGGAGUUUGCACGACGAAUGCGGUACUACAGGGAGAUAUACCCAUUCCGCACCACCUUUCGUUACAAUGACGUCAUGUACAAGCUGGCCGCUCACGUCGCCGAAAGGCUUGCCGGAAAACCCUUUGAGACCCUUCUGCGAGAACGAAUCCUACAGCCACUGGGCAUGAACGACACGGUGUACUUAGCCGAGGCACUUGAUGCCGGGGACUUCACCAACUUCGCCCAAACGUACCUAUCCUACAACAGAAGCGGCGAGUCUGAGACACGCAGUCGGGAGGAAUACAGGUCUGUCAAGUUGCAUCUUCCAGCAGCGGGCGUGGUGUCCAACGCCUUGGACAUGGCCCGGUACAUGAAGUUCCACCUCAGCGGGGGGAGGGACACGGCCGGCCGCCUGGUGGUCCCGGAGGACACCUUACGGCAGACACAAACCGCGAGCUCCGUCAUGUCCUCGUACUGGGACAAAGUUGAACCGUACUGGCCAGUAGAGGCGUGGCUGACGCAGGGAUAUGGACUAGGUCUGUCAACCGGCUCCUAUAGAGGCUACAGACGAGUUUAUCACCGUGGGUCUAUGGUGGGCUUCACAUCUCUGCUGUCCCUGUAUCCCUCCGCGUCAGGAGGCGUCUUCACCUCCAUGAACGGUCCAACCACAACGGCCGAUGACAUUCAUGACGUCAUCCACUACCAGGUCGCAGAUAUUCUAACAGGAAAGGACCACUGGCUGAAUUCUACCACAGCCUGCACGUAUCCUACACCCUGGUGGGCGACACGACAGACCAGGAGCACAGCCAUCCCUAAAAUCUCGGACAACUUCCCGCGAGACAAACGUGACUACGAGGGUGUCUACGGCAACCAUCCGACAGGCAACUUGACCAUCAGCCUAAACACGACUGACGACAAGUUAUACUUCAGUCUCGGUCUGAUCGGACGUGGUCUAGUUCUCCCUGCCGAGUCUCCUAACCAAAUUUUCCUUCGGGCUGAAGAACCGUUAGAGUAUAUCCCCACCAUUGUUGCCGAUGUAGAAGUCAAGGGUGGCGAGGUUUUCUCUUUAUCAUUGCAAAGCUAUCCUCCCGAACCGCCUGUAGUGUUCGAGCGAGGCCUGAAGCUGACAGACCCGGACCCUACAGAGCCGGAGUGGGACGACUGUACAGGUGUCUCCGGCUCUCCGAAGCGCACAGCUUUGAGUUACACAUUCGCCUUCUUGCUCUUUUGGGCUUAUAUGUUUACUGUCUAAUUCUAUACUGUAAAUGCAGAAAUGUUCGCGGUGGAUUAAUGUUCGCGGUU